GUGAUAGUCUCAGAGGUCCGUUAAAAGCGCAGAGAGCACAGACAGCCUCAGAAACAUGUCAUGACCCACUAUCAUUGUCAGGUGGAAAUUGAGAAGAAGUGGAUUGAGACAGAAGCACAUAGGCAAUCAGGCUGCACACCACAGUAGUGAUGAUGAUCAAGUCUCACAUUACCAUACUUCCAAGUCUCGUUCAUCGCGAGGAAGCCUCGUGAGGAAGCCUUCGAAUCAAGACAAAACACAGGAUGCCUUGAUACAAGGACAUCUUUAAAAGUGACCUACAUGUGGCUGAUGAACAGUUGUUUUUAUAGUGGCGCAGCGAGCUAAGGCACUGCGUCUCAGUGCUAGAGGCAUCACUUACAGACACCCUGGUUCAAAUCCAGGCGGUAUCACAACUGGCUGUGAUUUGGAGUCCCAUAGGGUGGCGCACAAUUGGCCCAGCAUCCUCCGGGGAGGGUGUGAUUGUAAAUAAGAAUGUGUUCUUAACUGACUUGCCUAGUGAAAUGAAGGUAAAAAAAAUAUCAAAAGGUUGACAUUCCAUAAUAUUGUUUGGCCCUGUAUGUAUGGAUAUUAACAUGUUAUAACCUAGCCUGGGUGCCAGACAUGACAAUUCUGUAAGGAGUUGGCAAGAGAGCAGAAACAGACUGGCAGCCAGCCAUGGAGGAAUCGAAGUAGGCUACAAAAAACAAAUAUAUUAUUACUAUUAUUGGAGGAACCCAACACACAGCCCUACCAUCACAAUGCACUUUACAGUUCUCUCAGAAGAUUAUUCAUUGACAGGAGGUUGCAGAAGCUCUUUCUAAAAGAGGAAAUACUUUGUAGACAUUCACAGGGCCAGUUUCCCGGUCACAGAUUAGGCUAAGCCUUGUCCUGGACGAAAAAGCACUUUCAAUGGAGGUCCUCAAGUAAUAUCUAACAAUUACACAACAUAUACACACAAAUCUAGUAAAGGAAUGGAAUUAAGAAUAUACAAAUAUAUGGAUGAGCAAUGUCAGAGCGGCAUAGAAUAAGAUACAGUAGAAUAGGAUACAGUAUAUACAUAUGAGAUGGGUAAUGCAAGAUUGGUUGUUAGUCCAGGACAAGGAUCAAUCUGUCUGAGAAACUACCCAAUAGUGUUUAGGCUUAGUUCCAAAAACUAUUUGGAGUGUAUUUUAAAUUUUAAGGAAAAAUUGGGUAAUUAUAUAAAAUGUUGAUCCCCUAAUUUGUUGUUUAGCUAGCUUUUGUUGUUUAGCUUUGUUGUUUAGCUAGCUAACCAUGGCCUUUUUCCACAGCUAAGCAUGCAAGCUCUCAUCUCUUAUUUUUCCAUAGGUCAAUAUCUUUGAAGUAUGGUUAUGUAAUCCUAGAAAUGCAGGAAUGGCCUCCACUCACAUAUAAAACGAUAUAAUUUUUUUUAUUGUAUGUAUGUGUAUAUGACUUCAGUGCUAGUUAUAAAUAAAACAAAUUGAAUACGUUUGCAUUUUAUGCAUGCGUUUGUGAGAAGAGGGAGGAGUUGAACAAAUGUAGAGGUCAAAGGUCACACCUGUGUUGCAGUCGACAGCCUGCAGUUUGAAGUAGCUAGCUGUUUUUAGUUAUUGAAACCAAGGUCCACUUAGGAAAAAAUUACAAAAAACACAGAUCUGUUAAUAUUGAAAUAGAAAAUUCCUGUCAAUAUUUUCUGUUUGUCUGCUAGCUAACGUUAGCUAUUUUGCUUACCUCGCGCUAGCUAGCGAGGCCAAGGCACCAUCUUAGACCCUCGAAAUGCUAUCAAAUUCAAGUCAUGUGCCGAAGCUCUACUUGUCCAUCAUAGAUGAUGUGAUUGAGAGCAUGCGGGAGGUGUUUCUGGAUGAAGGACUGGAGGACCGUGUCCUUGAUGACCUGAGACAGCUCUGGGAGUCAAAGAUUAUGCAGUCCAAAGCAGUGGAUGGCUUGGCCCUCAUGAAGAACACCAUCAACUCAUCCAACUUUGUGCUGCAGCUCCCUCCAAACUAUGGACAGACUUUUUCAAAACCUGCAGCCUCUAUGGUGAUCCCUGCAGGUCAACACGUCCAGAGUUUCACUGCUAAGAACAACGGUGGGACUCUGGCCACCUUCUCUCUUCCUCCCGGGAUGACCUACCCAGUUCAGAUCCCUGCAGGGGUCACACUGCAGACGGCUUCUGGCCAGCUUUAUAAGGUCAAUGUCCCAGUGAUGGUGACCCAGACUCCAGCCGGUCAUCGCCAUCUCUCCCAGGCCCAACCCAGGCAAGGGGUACCUGUAGUGGAGUGGAGAGAUCCCAGCUCAGCUUCCCAGCAGUCAGCCACAGUGGUCCCUUCUACUGUCCUAAAGACCAUGGCCCUUCCGAAGACUGAACCUUUUUCCCCACAGCCUGUGGCUCCUCCCAGAGCGGAUCCUCAGACCACAGAGCAGAGGAGCCUGAUUCCUCCGGUCCAGCCACCUAAUGAGAAGCCUUUGCUACCCCAACCUUUGGUCCAGCCCCCAGUUCAGGAGAAUAAUCUUGUUCAGCAGCCACAGGUUCCUUCAGCUCAGGCAACCUUUUCUGGUCAAACUCCAGUGUCCUUCCAGCCCCCAGCCCAACUGCCAUCUCACCCCCCAGAGAGCCCCUUCGACAGUGGUGAUUUCAAUCUGGAUGGGAUUGAUUUUGACAGUCCACAGCCACUAGACAUGAGCCUGUCUUCCGGCUCCGCCCACAUGCCAAGCCUUCAGGUCAAGAUGGAGACGACCCUGUCUGAAGGGUCAGGGUUUAUGGGUCAGGGGUCAGAGUUUGAGGCUAGAGAGAUGGUGAAACAGGAGGAUCAUGGAGGAGCGGUGGCUGAUAUGACAACCCACCUGGAGGGUCUACCUGUGGAUUCUACCAAGCUGGAGAUGGCCCUGUUGAAAGACUACAACUACAAUGAUGCUCUGGCAGACAUCAUCCAGCUGGACGGGCCUGCAGACAGCAGUUCUGAGGAGGUGGAGGAGUUGGAAGGAGGUGCGAUGGGAGAAAAUGAGUUCCUAGGAAUGAUGACGGUGGAGGCUCUCCAGGCCCUACAGGAGGUAGAUGGCAGCAGUGAUGAUGGCAUCUCCAGCUCCAGUGGUGACAGUGUGGGGAUGGAUGAAAUCACAGUGGAAGAGGAUCCUUUAAACUCUGGGGAUGACGUGAGUGAGCAGGACAUUCCUGAUCUCUUUGACACUGACAAUGUGAUAGUGUGUCAGUAUGAUAAGAUUCACCGCAGUAAGAACCGGUGGAAGUUCUAUCUGAAGGAUGGGGUGAUGUGUUAUGGAGGAAAGGACUAUGUCUUCUCUAAGGCUGUCGGCGAGGCAGAGUGGUGACUGGGUUUCUGUUAUGUUCCAAUGUCCAUACGAGAAUAGUUCAGAGGCGAAGAGGGGUUUCGUACAAUACCUCUUGGGAUGCAAUGGUAGUACAUUCUAAGUAGCAUGCUAGUGUGAAUAUUGGAACAGAACCUUGGUCUGUAUUUCACCCAUGUGGAUACAGCCUUGACUUAGUCUUAAUGUGUCCAACGAGGCGCAUAAAACAUGAAUAUAUUGAGAGAAUAAUAUCAUUUGAAGUUAAUGGGGAAAACCACAGUUGUUCAGUGAGCUAGAACAUACAUCUAUGCAGGCUUCUAAUCUGAAGAAAAAUGUCUGGACGAGUAAUGUGUCCGUCCCACACGGCAACCUGUUCCCUAUAUAGUGCACUACUUUUCACCAGCCACCACAGUGCACAAAGGGCUUUUUGAGUUGUUAAUUUUGUUUAUGUAACUAUUUAUUUAUAUUUUUGUAUUUGUUGUGUAAUGCCAUUAAAGGAGCACUGAGCACUAAGUUG